UUACUCACGUUAAAUGCAAACCUACACACAGCUAAAAGGUGCAAUGUAAACAUUCAGCGUGCCCACGGCUCCUUGAAUGUCAAUUAAAGACACGACUUAUUCCCGAGAGACCCAAUUGCAGGUGUUCACGUUGGCUGAGCAGUAAAGCAUCGCAAAGCACCUCACUGCAAGGCAGGAUACGGUCGAGUUUCCAUAGCGGGCUGAUUGAUUUUGCACGUUGCACAAACCUAAUGCUAUAUUUGGAAUAGUGCCUGGUGUUAAUAGUAUCCUUCUCCCACACGGCUUGGGAGCAGGUUUUGCCCCCGUUCGGUCCCGCUGAUGCACAGACUGCUGCUGUGGUCGCUUGCUUGCACAUUGCACUUUCGCUUUUCCGAAGCUCCAUCUCGUUUGUGCCGCUUCUGCAUUCUGACGUCAAGGAUGUGUUUUGCUCCAUUCUUUCCAGGGUUCAGUGUUGGGAGGAGAUUUUUUCCAGCUCCGUCAGAGUCAGCAACCAGCACUCACUGAGCCGAUCACCCCGUUUGCUCGAAGUCUUUGCAGCUGCUGAGCCUAUGAUCUCCCCUGCCAUGGUUGCGGCUCGUACCUCAUCCCAGUCUUUGACAUCAGCAGAAUGGAUCACUUGCCUGGAUAAAAGGCCUACAGAGCGCUCUGGUGAAGAUGUUGACAUAAUAUUUACCCGGCUAAAAGAAGUGAAGGCAUUUGAGAAAUUUCAUCCCAAUCUUCUAUACCAAAUCUGCCUGUGUGGGUAUUACGAAAAUCUGGAGAAAGGUGUAACAUUGUUUCGUCAAGGAGAUAUUGGGACGUGUUGGUAUGCUGUAUUAGCUGGAUCCUUGGAUGUUAAAGUAUCAGAAACAGCCAACUUACAGGAUUCUGUCAUACUCUGUACUCUGGGAAUUGGAACAGCUUUUGGAGAAUCGAUUCUCGACAAUACUCCUCGCCAUGCUACUAUUGUCACCAAGGAGUACAGUGAGCUUCUUCGUAUUGAACAGAAAGAUUUUAAAGCACUAUGGGAGAAAUAUCGACACUAUAUGGCAGGACUCUUGGUCCCUCCUUAUGGUAUUAUGGAAACCGCAUCUGGUAAUGACAGGAUCCCAGAGAAAGAUAGCAUAAGCAGCAACUUGCUGCAUGCUGCUUCAAGGAACAAGGUUCCUUCUCAAAAAAUUCUCAGAGCUGGAAAGAUUUUACGAAAUGCAAUACUAUCGCAAGCUCCUCACAUGAUAAGAGAUCGGAAGUACCACCUGAAAACCUACAAACAAUGCUGCGUUGGGACAGAGUUAGUAGACUGGAUGAUACAGCAGACCACUUGUGUCCAUUCCCGUACCCAGGCUGUGGGCAUGUGGCAGGUCCUUCUUGAAGAAGGUGUCAUGAACCAUGCAGACCAAGAGCACAAUUUUCAGGACAAGUACCUGUUCUAUCGUUUCCUCGAUGAUGAAAAAGAGGAUGCCCAUGCACCGACAGAUGAAGAGAAGAAAGAGUGUGAGGAGGAGCUGCAGGAAACAAUGCUUCUACUUUCUCAAAUUGGGCCAGAUGCCCACAUGAGAAUGAUUUUACAGAAACAGCCAAACCAGAGGACGGUUGAUGAUUUAGAGAUCAUAUAUGAAGAAUUGUUACACAUUAAAGCCUUAUUGCAAUUUUCUACCGCAGUGAAACGGGAACUUGCUGGUGUUUUGGUCUUUGAAUCUCAUGCCAAAGCAGGGACAGUUUUGUUCAAUCAAGGAGAAGAGGGCACUUCAUGGUACAUUAUCCUCAAGGGCUCCGUGAAUGUUGUUAUCUAUGGCAAGUCUGUAGUCUGCACAUUGCAGGAAGGGGAUGAUUUUGGAAAAUUAGCACUGGUGAAUGAUGCUCCGAGAGCAGCUUCCAUCGUGCUUCGUGAAGAUAACUGUCAUUUUCUCAGGGUUGAUAAAGAAGAUUUCAACAGAAUCCUACGAGAUGUUGAGGCCAACACAGUCAGACUUAAAGAACAUGGAAAAGAUGUAUUGGUUUUGGAGAAGAUCCCAAUGGGUAGCAGGACUUCCAGCCAGGGAUGUGCACAAACACAACACAAAUACACUGUGAAGUCAGGCACUCCUGAAAAAAUAUUAGAACACUUUCUGGAAACUAUACGCUUGGAUUUGCCUGCCAAUGAAACAACAGUUAUUUUAACAGAUCCAUUCAUUGAUGACUUUGUUCUGAUGAACUGCGCUUUUAUGCAACACAGCCAGCUUUUCUCAACUCUCAUGGCUCACUACCAUUCAGAUGCAUCGCAGGGCACAGAGCAGGAGAAAAUGGACUACGCUCUCAAUAACAAGAGACGUGUCAUCCGUCUUGUCCUGCACUGGACAAAUGUAUAUGCAGAAUUAUUACAAGAAGAAGAAACUGCUGUAGCAUUUCUAGAAGAGUUCUAUGUAUCUGUGUCUGAUGAUUCGCGAAUGAUUCCUGCUUUAAAGGAACAACUCCAAGAACUGGAGAAACUAGUAAAGCAAAACUCCGAAGAAGGAAAUGGCAAGACGUCACAGAAAAAGCACAAAGUUAUUUUACGCCAGUUUAGUUUUGGUGAGGAUAGACUUCAAAAGAGACAGCCCAUAAGAAGUGUGAAUGAAAUUCUCUUUAAGGUUUACUGCAUUGAUCAUAGUUACAUCACAAUCCGUGUGGUCGUAGCAGCUUCUGUAAGGGAUAUCAUCAGUGCUGUAACAGACAAGCUUGGAUCAGUGGAAGAUCCAAUUCUUGUGAAAAUGAGCUCAGCUGGAGAAAAAAUUGUGUUGAAUCCAAGUGAUAUUUCAGUUUUUACAACAACAAAUGUAAAUGGACGUUUGUUUGUAUGCCCAAGGGAACAAUUUGAUACUCUGAUGCCGUUGCCAGAUCAGGAGGGUCCAUCUAUUGGAACUAUGGCGACUUUUGAGUUGAUGAGUUCGAAAGAUUUAGCUUACCAGAUGACAAUUUAUGACUGGGAGUUGUUCAACUGUGUACAUGAGCUGGAAUUAAUUUAUCACAUCUUCGGAAGGCAUAAUUUCAAGAAAACAACAGCCAAUCUUGACCUGUUUCUGCGACGAUUCAAUGAAAUUCAGUUCUGGGUAGCAACAGAAAUCUGCUUAUGUUCGCAGCUCAGCAAACGGGUUCAGCUGUUGAAGAAGUUUAUCAAGAUUGCAGCCCAUUGCAAAGAAUAUAGGAACUUGAACUCAUUUUUUGCUCUAAUCAUGGGAUUGGGCAAUGUAGCUGUUAGUCGUCUCACACAGACUUGGGAGAAACUUCCAAGUAAAUUCAAGAAAAUCUACACAGAAUUUGAAAACUUAAUGGAUCCUUCCAGGAAUCAUCGAGUGUACAGACUCACAGUAGCUAAAUUGGAACCACCAAUCAUCCCCUUUAUGCCUUUACUUAUAAAAGACAUCACAUUUACCCAUGAAGGCAAUGAAACAUUAACUGGUGACCUUGUCAAUUUUGAAAAAAUGCAUAUGAUUGGCAACACAGUAAGAUCAGCCAGACACUGUCGAAGCCAGCCUUUCAAUCCAGAUGCAUCACUUUCAAACAAGAAUCAUCAGGAUGUGCGUACGUAUGUACGACAGCUUAAUGUAAUUGACAAUCAGAGGACUUUAUCACAAUUAUCUCAGAGAUUGGAGCCACGCCGGUCCUAAUAAGCUACCUUCCACUAUUGCACUGCCAUAAAAUAAAUUAUUUAUACAAGCAUAAUGGGCAUUCUAUUGUUUAUGGUAUUAAGGAUUAUUAAUAUUGAAAUGAGGCUGUAUCGUAGCUGUCUUCUCCCCAAUAGAAAGACCUUUGAGAUUGAACUUGGGUGUUACAGUUCCUGUAACUGCCUCUUACAAAAUGGGCAUUUAUAACAUGUUUUACCAAAAAAUAAAUCUUUAUAAAACACUUUAUUAAGAAUUGGAUGAUUAGCAAAAGGAUUCAUAUUUUAUCUAAAUCUUUGUUUUGCAAAGCAUAAGGAUUUGUGCUGAGAAAUAUUCUGUGUAUGCAUCCAAGCACAAUGAUAAGAAGGUCCUCUAAUAUUUGUUGAGAGCACAAACAUUAAAUAUUUCUGCAGUUUGCUGCUUUUAAGAUGUAUUUGUAUUUUUUUUUAAUUUUAAACUUAAACUUGGAAAAUAGCACAAAUCGCACAAGAUAAAAUUGAAGAUAUUCCACCAUUUUUGGGUAACUCUUUUGGAUUUCAAUACUAUAAGUAAGACUUGAUUGUUUCAAAUACAAUUUUGUUUGUUAUUAAACCUAAGUAUUUUCUGUUUGCUCAUAAGGCACUUCAUUCACGAUGUUAGUCCUUGUAGCUCUCAACAGCAUGUUGCAAGAGCCUGCUGUUUUUGUCAGUAGCACACUAAUUAAGCAAAACACAGCUAAAUAACUUUGAGCACCCCUCUGAUACCAUAUAUUUUGUAUGUUGUACUUUAAAAAAAAAAAAAGAAUUUCAAGUGGUCAGAGUUUAAUUUGAAAGUGAUAAUGUGUAUUCAGUGUACUCGAUUUGCUUUCUGAAAUUUCAAUCAAUUCCUUCUCCUUCACUUAGAGAAUCAUCCCCAGGCGCCCGGAAAUUUUCUAAUAAUCAUGUUGUUGUGACAGAACCACACAGCUUCAGAUUCUGUAGGAAACCCUGAGUGCUGAUUAUUUGUUUUAGCACUAUUAAGCAAGUGUAAAAAGAACUCUUGCUUUAUGUCAUUCUCCAUGACAGUUCUAGAAAUGAUAUGGUGCUAAAAGUAUUUCUUAUUUUAAUUUAAUGCAUGUUUAAAGAUUGGUCUGCCACCCAUUAAAAAAACUGCAUUUUUGAUAUACAGUUAGCUUUCAAUUCCCUGAAUUAUCUAUAAAUGUUCUUAAUUGUACAGUAAAUGUAAAUCUAAUGUAAACACAAACUGAUUACUGCAAUGUGUUGUUCUAAGUCAAAUAAAAGCUUAGCUUUUU